UUCACUCUCUCUCCUGUCCCCCAUUUUCUCCGCCGCUAUUCCUCCCUCAUCUCAACUUCACUGGAUCUUCGAGAGCAACCCCGUCGUCAGUGGUCGCAUGGCCACCGUCAACAUCUCCACCCACACCUUCGAGGCCGGCGCCUCCAUUCUCCACCCCAGGAACUUGCACUCUUUGAACUACACCAAGCUCCUCAACCUCGCCGUCAAAAGCCCCUCCUCCUCUUCCGCGCUUCAAAUCAAAGCUUCCCUUUGCUGAUAAGAUUGUUUUGCUUCCAAUUCACUGCUCAUGCUCUUCAGAUACGGCUUCUCCCUUGUCAGGAUGGACAAAUUUGUUGAGAUAAGAUUGUUUGGCAUCUUAUUAAUUUAUUGGGUGUUAAUUUGGUGAAGUCCUUGCCUAUGAGAAUCAUCAAUCCUGCUACUGAAGAAAUCAUGGUCCUUUUCUCACCCUAAGCAUUUCUGUCAAUUAAAUUAAUUUCUGGGUUGUUUUCUAAAUUUAAUUACUGUUUAAUCAUCGCAUUUGAUCGUGUGUAGGAUCUAGAAGAAGGAGAGGGAUAGUCGUUGGUGCAGUGGUGGUGGUCGGUGUUGAGCAGGAGUGGGAGGGACGGCGGCGGUCCUAGGGGUCUGAUGCGGCGGGAGAACGAGGGAGUAGGAAAGAGAUCCUUCCAGUUUGUAACAGGGACAAGGACGCAUUUUGUAAAACUAGCGAGGGUGUAGGAGAGUUUCAUUGAACAUGCACUGUUCCUCUGUAUGUUAUGGAAAAAGGCUAGAUUUUCAAACCAAUGUUUCGCUGCUUCAGCUUUUAGUCUUUUUAUUCACCCUCAAUUUAAAAAAGCUGGUUUUAGAGUAUUUACCAAACCCUAAAAAGACCGCAACUUUUUUUCAUACCUGCAUAUUUUUUUUUUUAAAUUUCAGCAGUACCAAACUGGUACUAAGAGCCCCAGACUUUCUUUAAUUACACUAUAUUUGUGUUACACCUUUACAAGAGUGGUAUUUAAUCAAUCACAUAAACAUGUACCUAACAAAUAAUAUAGGGCAUUCAAUAUGGAUAUGAAAAACUGCAACAAAUUUCAAUGUUAAUCCAGGUGUGUGUAGGAGCGAUAUGUUUGUAACUACCUCCAGGGUAUAUGUAAGAUGGCUUAUCAGAAAUUGGAAACCAAAAUAGCUCCCUUAAUUGAUUAGGGGCUAUAUCUAUGAUGGCUUAUCAGAAUUUUUUAUCUAUACUUAUGCUUUGCACUUCGAAAACUAGCUAGUUAUUUCUCUUUGAUUUUGUUAUUAUAUCUUGUUGUAUUUCUUGGGUAUUUAAUGUUCUUCACAAUAUUCACUUUACAAAGUUCAAGCUCUAGUCAAAUUUGAUUUACUCAUCCUUCUGUUCUAAACGCAGGUUUUCUAUUGUUCGUACUCUUUUGUUUUGGACUACUUUUCGGGGUAAAAUUUCUAUUCGGGGCACCAUUCGUGACUGCGUUUUUGAUCUAUACAUGGAAAAGAAGACAUUUGUCAAUGUACAACUCCAUAGAAGAAUUUUUGCAUGGUGAAAAGACUUUAGUGCCAAUAAGGUACUCGUACUCGAACAUCAAGAAGAUGUCUAACAAAUUUAAAGAAAAACUUGGUGAAGGAGGGUAUGGAUCAGUUUUUAAAGCAAGGUUACGGAGUGGACGUUUUGGGGCAAUUAAGAUGUUGGAUAAGCCCAAAGGCAAUGGACAAGAUUUCAUCAGCGAGGUAAAUACUAUUGGGAGGAUUCACCAUGUUAAUGUGGUUCAGCUUGUUGGUUAUUGUGUUGAAGGAACAAAGCAUGCUUUGGUAUAUGACUUCAUGCUCAACGGAUCUCUUGAUAAAUACAUUUAUUGCAAAGAAGGAAGUAUCCCAUUAAGUUGCAAGACAACGUACGAGAUUUCUCUUGGAGUGGCUCGAGGGAUCAAAUAUCUACAUGAAGAUUGUGACAUGCAAAUAUUACAUUUUGACAUCAAGCCUCACAACAUUCUUCUUGAUGAGAAUUUCAUACCGAAGAUUUCUGACUUUGGGCUUGCAAAAUUAUACCCGGUGGAUAAUAGUAUUGUAUCUCUAACAGCAGCAAGGGGUACAAUGGGAUACAUGGCUCCUGAGCUAUUCUACAAGAAUAUUGGCGGUGUUUCGUUUAAAGCCGAUGUUUAUAGUUUUGGAAUGUUGUUGAUGGAAAUGGCAAGCCGAAGGAAGAAUUUGAAUGCAUUGGCAGAGCAUUCAAGCCAACUUUACUUCCCUUCAUGGGUUUACAAUCAAUAUAAUGAAGGAAAGGACUUCGAGGUGGGAGAAGUUGUGGAGGAGGAAAAACCAUUAAUAAGAAAAAUGAUUAUAACCGCCUUGUGGUGUAUACAAUUGAAGCCAAGCGAUCGACCUUCAAUGAAGGAAGUCCUACAGAUGCUCGAAGGAGAUGUUGAAUUACUUCGAAUGCCUCCGGAGCCUCUUCUAUAUCCCAAGAGAUGCCCGUAGGUGCUCCUAAUGAUAAUCCGAAUCCAACAUAUUCGAAGGUGGAGUUAACAUCUUCUUUGACGGGUAGGUGAAGACACGCAACUAGCAUGGACUCUGUCAGUUUGAAUCUCAAUGCAAUGUUUCUGGUUUUGUAGUAGUACUGUGUGCAUGAUAAAACCCCCUUUCAUUGAUGUUAAAUAUGUUUAGUACAACAUAUUUUCAUGAUUCCAGGGAUAAAUAACAUAUUUCAUGGAGGACAUGUUGUAUGAUUCAUGAAGACGAUAUUUUCUAAUUUUUGUUCCAAGAAAUUAUUAGUUGUGAUGAU